CCUGUAGCCCAUUCAAAGGCCUACUGUUGGACCUCUGCUUAUUUUGCAAUACGUCUUUAGUACGGACUGAAAAAUGUCCGAUUUCGAUGAGUUUGAGAAGCAGUUAAGCGAAAAUCGGCAAGCUGCAGGGCAGAUCCCCACGAUAGCUUUACUGGCAACAUCCACCACCAGCGGCGUGGCAGUGACGCCCACCCAGGUGCCGAUGGUCGGCAGCCAGAUGACCCGGCAGGCCAGGCGGCUUUAUGUCGGCAACAUCCCCUUCGGCCUGACGGAGGAGGCCAUGGCGGAUUUCUUCAAUACCCAGAUGCGAUUGGCUGGCUUAUGUCAAGGUCCCACCAAUCCCGUCCUCGCUGUUCAGAUAAACCAGGACAAGAACUUUGCCUUCCUUGAAUUUCGGUCCGUGGAUGAGACCACGCAGGCAAUGGCCUUCGACGGCAUCAUUUUCCAGGGUCAGUCGUUAAAAAUCAGGCGGCCCCACGACUAUCGCCCCCUGCCUGGCAUCUCAGAGCAGCCCGCCUUCCACGUACCAGGGGUCGUCUCCACCGUGGUUCCAGACUCGCCACACAAGCUCUUUGUCGGAGGCCUGCCCAACUAUCUCAGUGACGAUCAGGUACCCCGCCCUCAGUCUCUGUCGCCGGGGAGCCGACCCACAACCCUCCUGUGUUUCUGUCCCACUGCUGCACGUGGAACUCAAGCAGGCAUGCACACACACGCACGCACGCACGCACGCACGCGCACGCACAUACAUACAUACAUAAAAUAAACACUCGUCUCUGUGUAACUGAUUAGUAGGAAAAGAAAGCCUGUCAAAGUUACCUCACCGCUUAAAAUUCAUUACAAGAUACUGGGGGGUCAAAUGUCAGCAUCAUGUUUAAAGCUAGCUGCUGAAAAUAGCCGCACAUUUGAGGUUUUUUUUUUUUUUUUUUUUAAAGAUAUUCAUGGGAUUUAUUAAACAUUUAUUAGACAUGUAGGUAAUGAGUUGACAGUUACAUUACGCUCAUUGUUUAUCCAGCUGUAAAUUAUGAAGAUAUUGAGACCCCGCUAAUGUAAAAGGUACGUUUCCCAAAACCUCAUGUUAUCGACUUGCAUAGUUGGAACCAUUCAGUUGUAAGUUGCUAAUGUUGUUAGCAAAUAACCUUAUUAGCAACAAAGGCUUUGGGAAACGUGCCUUACAGCUGGCGGCUUGCCGAACCAGUCACGUAGCCAGUCCCUGUGCUGCCUGUUGCUGGGUACCCUGGAAUAUUUGUAUAUCGGGUUAAUUGCUGAGUGUUAGUCGGAUGAAUCAGCCGCGUCGUUUUGCUGCAUGAAAAUUUAAAAUCGAGUCAUCUGCGCGUCACCUAACUGACGAAUACCUCCACAUUGCCGUACACCUGUGUUUGCCCAAUCCCAGUCCUCGGGGAACCGCCGACUGUCCACAUUUUCGCUCCCUCCUAGCUCCCAGCCAAUCAGGAACACCGAAUACCUGGUACAGGUGCGCUGAGAGGAAGCAAAAACGUGGACUGACCGGGGGGGUACCCCCGAGGACUGGGCUGGGAAACACUACCAUAGACUGUGCUUGAAAUGUGGGGGAGAUCGACCAAGUCCCCAAACGCUUCAGUAUUCGCAGACGUGCCGUGUCUCACGUCCAUGUCCGCACACUGAGAACGAUGACUUCACAUCCCGUUAACAGCGAUGGGGAGCUGCGGAAGAAUCGUUCCCUACAUUGCUGUGUCGCUCGAAAGGCAGAAAAUACUUCGGACCUUUUUCCCGGUGAACGAUUAUCAGCUUCACUGGAGUUUUCACAUCGUGCCCCAUGCCCUAUUCUGUUAUGACGUCAGUGAUGGAUAAUAUUACCAUAACAACAUGCACAGAUGAGGUCGUCUUACUCUGAAAGUGUUGAAAGGGUCACAUUUUAGACAUUUUCUACUUCUCAUUAGCAUCUUUUAUGAUUUUUUUUUUUUCUUCCUAUAUCGCCACCCCA